AUGUCUUAUAGUGGCAAGCUGCUGCUGCAGAAUAAAGCACCUCAUCGUGGCAAAGGUGAAGUUUCUUUGGAGAAGAAAAGCCUUAAGAUGGCAGGCAAAGGAAGUAACGCAGCAGGCUGCAUGUCGUGCAGUGUGCUGAACUGGGAGCAGGUCAGCCGUCUGCAUGAGGUUCUUACAGAGGUGGUUCCAAUCCAUGGCCGAGGUAACUUCCCAACACUGAAGAUAACUCUGAAGGACAUUGUUCAGACAGUUCGGAGUAGGCUGAGUGAAGCAGGCAUUGUGGUACACGAUGCCCGUCUGAAUGGCUCUGCAGCUGGUCAUGUCCUGGUCAAGGAUAAUGGGCUGGGAUGCAAAGACCUGGAUCUCAUUUUUCAAGUUUCUCUUCCAAGUGAGGCAGAGUUUCAGUUAGUUCGAGAUGUGGUCUUGCGAUCCCUCUUGAAUUUCUUGCCAGAAGGAGUAAGCAAGCUAAAAAUCAGUCCCGUAACACUGAAGGAAGCCUACAUCCAGAAGCUAGUGAAAGUGUACACAGGGACUGACCGUUGGAGCUUGAUAUCACUUUCCAACAAGCAUGGCAGAAAUGUGGAGCUGAAGUUUGUAGACUGUAUACGACGGCAGUUUGAGUUCAGUGUGGACUCAUUCCAAAUCAUACUGGACUCCCUGCUCUUUUACUACGACUACUCGGAAACUCCCAUGUCAGAGCACUUCCAUCCAACUGUGAUUGGGGAAAGUAUGUAUGGAGAUUUUGAAGCAGCUUUUGACCACCUCCAGAACAAACUGAUAGCUACCAAAAAUCCUGAAGAGAUCCGAGGUGGUGGGCUUCUAAAGUACAGUAACCUCUUAGUACGAGACUUCAAGCCCAUGGAUAAGGAUGAGAUCAAAACCUUAGAGCGCUACAUGUGCUCCCGAUUCUUCAUAGACUUCCCAGACAUCCUGGACCAGCAGCGCAAGCUAGAGACCUACCUCCAGAACCACUUCUCCAAAGAAGAGAGGAGCAAAUAUGACUACCUCAUGAUUCUGCGCAGGGUGGUGAAUGAGAGCACAGUCUGCCUUAUGGGACACGAGCGAAGGCAGACUCUCAACUUGAUUUCUCUGCUGGCACUCAAAGUGCUGGCAGAACAAAACGUCAUCCCUAACGCCACUAAUGUUACGUGUUACUACCAGCCAGCACCUUAUGUUAGUGAUGUAAACUUCAGCAACUAUUAUCUUGCAAGUGCUCCCGUGCUGUACAGCCAGUCCUACCCCACUUGGUUGCCUUGCAAUUGAUGGCUUCACUCGAGUGUUCCUGAAUGGAGGCUACUGAUUGCCAAGAUGCUGAGUGUGUAUAUAUAAAUAAGUAAUAACUGCCAGUUGGAUGUUUUCUACUGGAAGCAUGACUACAUUGAACUGUCCAUUUCUGGUGUGCGGUGGGAUUAUGCAACCAGAUGACCUGCUAUGAACCUUUCAGUGUAUCUCUACAAAUGCCAAGAAGCCUUAUUACCUCUUCAUUGGGAGAAGAGAACCAGCAGCCAAAUGUUAAGAGGAAUUGUUAAGAAACUCUGUACUAGUUCUGGA